AUGGCAGCGGUUUCUCAGUCCAGUACAAACCCUGAGGACACGAGCGAGGGCAACGCAAACGCUCGCCCUCUGGCCGAGAAGUCGUCAUAUUACUAUGCCCACAAUCAGGUCCGGUCAGACUCCCCAAAGACUUUGGUGGGCGCCACGGAGAUCUACAAUCAUAAGGCACUGGAUGCAGAACAGGUAGCAGAACUGGAAAGGCAGGCUAGUCAAACGCUAGAGUCGGGGCACAGCUCAUGGAACAAGGGAGGGACAUGGGAGGAGAAGGAUUACACCAAGUGGGCAGAGCAGAGACUGAAGGAGCUUCUUCCAAAGAUUGCAUCCCCCAAGGGCCUCGUAACCUUCAAGGAGGUGUCGAGUAUAGACGAUUGCCAUGCAGCCAACGUUUUCUCCCGUGGGAAGAAAAAGUCGGUCAUCGAGAUCGAAAAGAUCAAGUUGGGCUGGAAGGUGGAAGGGGGGGAGGCCAAAGGGAAGUUGGAGAUUACAGAGGUGUCAUCAAGCGCUCUGAGCGAGCUGCACCUAUCUGUGAAAGUGGACAAGGCAGGAAACAAUCAAGCCGAGAUUGAUGCUGAUCUCAAGGCUUGCAAACCCGCCAUUCUCGACGUCAUCAAUGCGAUUGUCGAGGAGCUGGCCUCGAAGUAG